AGCAGCAGGUGGGUGUGUGGAGAAGACCGUCACGUGACCUGGCUGUCACAGUGUUAUAAAUUCACCUCAGUCUGUCGCGUCAGUCCUUUUCUAGCCUCUCAGCUCGAAGCCGCUGUCUCCGAGUCUGGGACACCGUAGCUUCAGCCAUGGCAGAUCAGGCCUUUGUGACACUGGCUACCAACGACAGCUAUGCUCAGGGUGCCAUGGUUCUGGGCAAGUCCCUCCGUAACCACAACACAUCCAAGAAAAUGGUGGCACUCAUUGGCCCAAUGGUGUCGGAGCCUUGCCAGUCUGUGCUGAAGAGGAUCUUUGAUGAAGUGAAGGUGGUGGACGUGCUGGACAGUGGUGACACGGCUAACUUGGCCUUGAUGAUGAGGCCAGAGCUGGGCGUCUCAUUAACCAAGCUCCACUGCUGGACCCUCACUCAUUACUCUAAGUGUGUCUUUAUGGAUGCGGACACUCUGGUGCUUUCUAACAUAGACGAGCUGUUUGACAGAGAGGAACUGUCUGCUGCUCCUGAUCCUGGCUGGCCCGACUGUUUCAACUCUGGUGUGUUUGUUUUUCGGCCAUCUUUGGAGACCUAUGGCAGACUGCUUCAGCAUUGCACAGAACACGGCAGCUUUGAUGGAGGAGACCAAGGUGUGUUGAACGGCUUCUUCAGCGACUGGGCGACUGCUGACAUAUCAAAACAUCUCCCUUUCAUUUACAACCUCAGCAGCAUAGCGAUCUACACUUACCUUCCCGCCUUCAAGCAGUAUGGUGGAAAUGCUAAAGUGAUCCACUUCCUUGGGAGUACGAAGCCAUGGAGUUGCACGUUUGACCCCAGCACUAAACAGAUUUCCGGGGGUGGGCAAGAGGCCGCUGCACGCCCCUGCUUCCUGGUGGACUGGUGGACCCUUUACGCCAGCGCUGUGGAGCCGAUGCUGCAGGAACAGUCUGAAGAGCAGCCUUUGCUCUCUGGCUGUGUGGAGUCCCAGCAAAGUGACUCGGUCACUACUGAGACUAUACAGAGAGGGUACACGUGGAGGAGAGCAGCUCAUCACAUGCACCCCUGCUUCCCACGAUGUCUUCAGAGGAACGCAAAGAGCAGUGGGAGCAAGGUCAGGCCGACUACAUGGGAUUGGACUCGUUUGACAACAUCAAGAGAAAGCUAGACACGUUCCUGAAAUGACAUGGCGAAUGAAACUGAAUAAUAAAGAGCACUUGCAGUUUAACACAUGGUCACCAUGUAUCUUCAAGAAAAUGCUUUCAGUGGGUUUCAUCUUUUUCCCCCUCAACUAGAAAUAAGACAGUCUCCUGUGAGCUCAAGAUCAUGCAUUAAAAGUUGUGACAUGGGUCUGAAAAGUUGUUUUUACCCUGCUUCGCUAUGAAUGAGGACAAGUUUACAGUUUCACUGUACUGUUUCAUAUAUCAAGUCUGUGCUUUAUGUAGUGUUUUUUUAAUUCAGUUUGCAUUUUCUCAGCUUCUGACUUUAAAAAAUUAGAAAAUGUUUACAGUACUGUUAAAGGCCUUUCAGUCAUGAACUCAGAAACGUCUGUGCCUAAUGAGAUUUGCCUUCUCUGUUGCCUCCUGUGUAACCGGCUGCUUUCCAGUAGGUCAAUGGGUUGAAAUGUUUUGCAUUUCAAUUUACUACGUUAGCUUUAUCAACACUUUCUUUCUUUUCCAAUCUAGAAAUAAAAAAUUAUUGAAGGUG